CCAGGGCCUCACACAAGCCAGGCCAGCGCUCAAUCCCAGCCGCCUAGUUCAUUGUUUACGCUCCUCUACAACCGAAAGUAAUGCGACAACAGUGAACAAUUCAUCAAGUACAUGCCAAUAAAGACGAGAGUUUUGCGAAGAUCAAAUUGCGAGGCACAUCCCAACCUGCAGGACACGGCCCUUGGCCCGCUCUGGCAACCCGGGCUCCAGGAAAACCACGCCCUGCGCGGGGCGGGGCUGCUGCUGCGCCUGCGCCUGGCUGCUGGGCUAGCGGGGGACGGCAACCUGCCCUGCUACUCAGGCGACCUCCGGGCGCGCAUAAAUUCUGAGGUCCGCCCUGCACGCAGGUGUCCGGCGCUGCCCCCCGCCAUGUCGUCCUGCCGCCGCGUGGCGCUGGUCACCGGAGCCAACAAGGGCAUCGGCUUCGCCAUCGUGCGCGACCUGUGCCGGCAGUUCUCGGGGGACGUGGUGCUCACCGCGCGUGACGAGGCGCGGGGCCGGGCAGCGGUGCAGCAGCUGCAGGCAGAGGGCCUGAGCCCGCGCUUCCACCCGCUGGACAUCGACGACAUGCAGAGCAUCCGCGCCCUGCGCGACUUCCUGCGCAGGGAGUACGGGGGACUCGAUGUGCUGGUCAACAACGCAGGCAUCGCCUUUAAGAUGGCUGAUCCGACCCCCUUUCAUAUUCAAGCAGAAGUGACAAUGAAAACAAAUUUUUUUGGUACCCGAGAUGUCUGCACAGAGCUACUCCCUCUCAUGAAACCCCAAGCUCAUACUGGUAACUCUUUUCAAAUGGAAAUUUUCUGCUCUAAAAUCUCAGCAAAUUUGGUCUUCACCGUUCUCCCAUACCUUCCACAUGAUGGUUUGGAAUGUCUUUUAGGCAGAGUGGUUAACGUAUCCAGCAUGUUGAGUCUGGUGAACCUUAAACGCUGCAGCCCAGAGCUGCAGCAGAAGUUUCGAAGUGAGACCAUCACGGAGGAGGAGCUGGUGGGGCUCAUGAACAAGUUUGUGGAAGACGCAAAGAACGGAGUCCAUCAGAAAGAAGGCUGGCCCAAUUCUGCCUAUGGAGUGUCCAAGAUCGGCGUCACUGUCCUGUCCAGAAUCCACGCCUGGAAACUCAGUGAGCAGAGGGGAGGAGACAAGAUCCUGCUAAAUGCCUGCUGCCCAGGGUGGGUGAGAACCGACAUGGCAGGACCCUCAGCCACUAAAAGCCCAGAAGAAGGGGCUGAGACCCCUGUGUAUUUGGCCCUUUUGCCCCCAGAGGCAGAGGGGCCUCAUGGGCAGUUUGUUGAGGAUAAAAAAAUUAAUCAGUGGUGAGCUCAAGUCAGGCUUCCACCAUUGUCCCCAUUUUUUGUCCUGUCCUGAUGUGACCCAAAGGACAUUUAUGCUUUCAAAAAUAUCCUUAUGUAUAUUUUUUUAAAAAUAGGCAUCCUUAUCAAGUGCUGAGGUCUCACAUGCCACGGUUCCAGUAGGGCGCUCACUCAGUCACCACUAAUUCUCUGGGGUCUUUUCUGAUUCUGUUCUGCAACACAAGGAGAGAAAAGUAAAAUUGCUGAAAAUAACUAAUGAAAAUCAGUAGGUGAAUAAAGGAUUCUUGAUAAAUGUC